UCCAAAAACCAAUCCCAUUUCUCUUUUCUAAACACAAUGGUGAAAUCAUCAAGUUUAUUUUCCUUGCUCUCUCAAAUCUUUGUGUUCCAGCAGUUGGCAGUUUUAUGUGUUUCACAGGAUUUUGACUUCUUCUACUUUGUUCAACAGUGGCCAGGGUCUUACUGUGAUUCAAAGCAAAGCUGUUGUUACCCAACUACAGGAAAACCAGCUCCAGAUUUUGGUAUUCAUGGUUUAUGGCCAAACUAUAACGAUGGAUCGUACCCGUCUAACUGCGAUAGCAGCAAUCCUUUCGAUCCGUCAUCUAUUUCAAGUAUUAAAAGCCAAAUGCAAUCAGAAUGGCCAACGUUAGCUUGUCCAAGUGGAGACGGUGACAAAUUCUGGAGGCAUGAGUGGAAUAAACACGGGACUUGCUCUGAAGACAUUCUUGACCAACCUGGAUACUUUCAAGCAGCUCUAAAACUGAAACAAGAAACUGACCUCCUCAAUGUCCUUCAGAAUGCAGGAAUCAAUCCAGAUGGGAAGUUUUACAGCUUGACUAGUAUAACAAAAGCCAUAAGAGAUUCAACAGGAUUUACCCCAGGACUAGAAUGCAAUGUGGAUGAAUCAGGUAACACUCAGCUCUACCAAAUCUACAUUUGCGUCGAUACUUCUGCAACCAACUUGAUUGAAUGCCCUGUACUUCCACGAGGAAAGUGCUCGUCAAGAAUCGAGUUUCCUAUUUUCUAAGUAGUUAUGUACUUUAUGGAGUAGAUGUUUAUCUCAUUGAUUAUCUCUCGCGAUUUGUAAAUUUUAAUAAGACUGCC